AUGAGCCUACCCUCCAACGACAACGACGCCUGGUUCUAUCCGGGAACCGGCUUCGAACCAAACGACGAGGAUCUACCUCAUUCGUCGUUCAGAGGGAACUGGGGCAUCAAGACUUACAACGAGGCGAAAUGGGUUCGCAAGGGCAAGAUGACUGCCUGGGCGCCAUGGAUGGAGGAUUGGGAGUCCGAGGACCGCGCAAGAAAGCGUAUACGAAUGUUGCUCCCGAGUCCAGAAGAAGAAGAGGAUCCACCCCUCACCCUGCCCCACCUUCGUUCGCCGUCUCCUCCGCUCAUGGCUCCUUACCCCAACCCCCAAGUCCACCACCUCUCAUUCACAUCCCUCGUCAUGGACAAAGCGGCCACUCACUCGUUCCGGUCGGACGUAUACGACGAACUAGAAGACUCCACCAACACCCUCGUCGAAGGAGAGACCAGUCUGCGCAUGGCCCUGGGCAGGCUUUGGCAAGUCAUGAGCGAAGACCCAGAUGAGGUGGGCGUAGGGACAUCUCUGGUGCCCAAGCGCGAAGACGAGGAUGACGAAGACACUGAAGCGGAGAACCGUUUCGCGCGAGCACCGGACCUCACGCCGGUCGUACACAAGCUAUUCUUGUCACCCCACCGGGAGCCGAUCUUCGAGGGCGCGCAGUUCUCGCGCGCGGAGAUGCAACUCGAGACAUUGGAGAAGUCGCUUGCUACACUACGCGAGCUGCAGGACGAUGGGCGGGAGUACGUAGAGCGCUUGGAAGAGAUUCGCGAGGGCUUGGGUGAAGUCCGAACACAGAGGAAUGGUGUCUGGGACCUGGUAAGGAAGAAGGCGAUACAAGAGCUACAAGACGUAGCUUCUGCGGCUGCGGUGUCGUAG